AUGGCUGCAACUGAUGCAUACUCCAAUGCCGAUGUCUCCGAGACCAACGCUCAGGUUGACGUCACCUGCGGCCCGCUCCUUAACUUCAAGAACAUGGAUGUUACUCCCUCCUCGUCAAUAUGGCAUGGGAGCGUCUUGAUUGUCACAAAGCCCGGUCAGCGGCAACCUCGCCUGUACUUGCGCCAAGCCGGUCCUGUCACGCCCGAUCCUGCCCUUAUUCAAGCUGCCGCAAACACGCAGGGUGUCACAAUUUAUGGGCUGCGCCUGUUUGAAGACCCUCAGAAAGCAUUCUGGCGCUUCUCUAUCACACUGCCCCUGGAGGACUACGAGGUGCGAUGGUCAUACACGAUCCCCGGGCUCCGCUACCCUGAUGGGGGCGAGGCUCACUCGCCUUGGGAUUUUGUCGUUCCAUCGCGCACUCAGUCAAUGCGCCUGAUGUUCCAUUCUUGCAAUGGCUUCUCGGUGGGUACCGACAUGGAGGCCUGGCUCGGGCCCAACUUGUGGAAGGAUGUCUUGCGGGUACACGCACAGAAACCGUUCCACGUUAUGAUUGGUGGCGGUGAUCAGAUCUAUAACGAUGGUAUCCGUGUGGACGGCCCGUUGAAGGCAUGGACUUCUAUAGGCAAUCCUCACAAGAGGCGCACGCAUCCUUUCGAUAACAAUCUCCGCGCGGCUUGCGAUGAGUACUACUUUGCGAAUUAUAUCAGAUGGUAUUCUACGGAACCCUUCAAGGAGGCUAAUGGCCGGAUCGCUCAAAUCAACAUCUGGGACGACCACGACAUCAUCGACGGAUUUGGCUCCUACACUGACCACUUCAUGAAAUGUUCUGUCUUCCGUGGCAUCGGCGGCGUCGCUUUUAAGUAUUACUGUUUGUUUCAGCAUCACAUUGCGCCCCCGAAGUCUACCUACACCACCGACGCCCCGCAAACUAUGCAGGCUGUGAAUGGCACUGCGGGUGCCGACCCUCGGCAACUGGAGGAUACUUUUGUUCUGGAAGACCAAGCGGAGGAUAAUAGCUGGAUUAUAGGCAAGCGCCCUGGUCCGUAUGUCGAGGAAAAGAGCCGAAAUCUGUACAUGCGUCUUGGCAAACGCAUGGCGUUUAUUGGCAUCGAUGCACGUACGGAGCGUACCCGCCAUCAGGUCAAUUAUCCGGAUACAUAUGACCUUAUUUUCUCCCGGCUGGAACAAGAGGUCGUUGCCGCAAACGGCGAAAUCAAACAUCUCAUUGUGCUUCUGGGCGUUCCAAUCGCGUACCCACGUCUCGCAUGGCUCGAGAAUAUAUUAAGCUCACCAGUCAUUGCUCCCAUUCGCUUACUUAACAAGCGAUUCGGACUUGCCGGUGGCUUCUUCAAUCAGUUUGAUGGUCAGGUCGAUCUGCUAGAUGAUCUUGAUGACCACUACACGGCUCGUCAGCAUAAGCGGGAGCGCAGGAUCUUUAUUCAGCGCUUACAGGAAUUUUCCAAGGCCCAUUCCGCGCGUGUAACGAUCCUGGGGGGCGACGUGCACUUGGCGGCUAUCGGACGCUUUUACUCGAACCCCAAGCUGGGAAUUCACAGUGAGAAUGACCCGCGGUACAUGGUCAACAUUGUUAGCAGCGCUAUCACCAACAAGCCACCUCCGAAAGCCGUUGCAAACCUGCUUGCGCGGCGAAACAAGAUUCACCACCUAGACCCGGACACUGAUGAAACUUUGAUGGAUUUCUUCGACGGUCAGCCAGGCGGAGUAGACAAGAGCGCGUCUUGGAACAAAGUCACCAUGCCUUCCCGCAACUACGCCUGCAUCACCGAGAUUGAAGCAGCCGCCACUAAUGGCGACACCGCACAACAAAACGGCGUGUCUCUCCCAAUUCCGAAAGACGGUCACUCUCCCCUGCACACCGGCGAGUCAACAGCCGGUUCUGCUCACUUGGCGGCGGAUGGUGUUGGUAGCACGAGCACUCUCCAUGGCGGCCUGAACGUCUCCAUUCGUGUAGAAAUUAACCCCCAAAACAGAGAAGGGGCAGCCCAUGGCUACGGAUUCAGCAGUAUGUUAACCACCUAA